AUGCUACUUCAACUUCCCACGGAACUGAUACAGCUAAUUCUUCGGAACUGCGACACACCAGCCUACUUCCAAGCAGCCUUUUCAAGCCGCAGGCUUUAUGAGAUUGCUUCCGGCAGCCGAGAAGUCAUCAUUCAUCAGCUACAUAAUACUCCUGGCCGGAAUCGUGGCAUUGAAGCUCACCAAACCAGGCAUCUGUUUAGUGAGUUAAUGAGACGGUCUUAUCAACAGCUAGAUGGCGCAGAACAUUACGCCAGCCCCGCCUACGAGUAUCAAAAUCGUGUGAUUGACUACCAUGCAUCAACAAUCGAGACGUCAGAAGACGGCAUUCGAGCUCUGCUUGUCUUCAAAGGCCACAGUACUGUCCACUUGAUAGAUACGAACGACGGGGAUCGAACUGAAAUCCAAUUGAAAUCCCCAGGACAAGAUAUCGGGGAGAUCGAGAUCAUUCAGACUGCCUUUGAUGGAAACGGCAGAGUUUAUGUGUUGCACCGAUUCAAACCAUUUUUAGACCAAGAGCUGGAUACAGAUCACCCAUUUGUUAAACAUGCACUAGAGUCUCACCCCAACGGGAGUAUUCACCUGGCCUGCCAUCUCUUAAAUCCCCGGGGAAAGAUGAUUCGAAUGUGUGACUUUCCCGAAUGCCGAGAUUAUAGGCCGCUGGCUUUGUCAGUUGCCAACGGCAAGUUUGCAAUAUCAUGGCAAAACAUGCUCGACCCUUUUGAUCAUGAUGUCGUUCUUUAUACCCAGCUCUACGACAAUAAUGAUGAAGAAGAAGAUGAUAUUGAUGAUGAAACGGAAGACGAAGAUGAAGAUGAUUCGAGCGAAGGCGCCGUGGAAGUAGGCAAGGGAGCCAAUCCCUGUAAAAUCAUUCAUGCUGCUUUUGAGGCUUACGUUUUGACAAGCUCCACCGAUCAAGAUGCGUCUGUUCGUCCUUCUCGGAGAACAGGCCCCGUAAUGAGAGACUUCAUCGCAUCCCUGAUCUCUCCCCCAGGCGAGCCAAAGCCGCACGUCAAUGAGAAUGCAUGCACCGUGCAAUUUUCGCCUUCCCUUUCGCUUCAGUUCUCGAUUGGGAUACCAUUCUUUGGUACCCACGACCUCGGCGAUAUAAACCAGGGAGAACAGUGUCAUUGGCAGUACCUCGCCUUCGGAAUUGCCACCCACCGCGUUGAAAAAUGGACUGUGGCAUGUCUCCUGAAGUCUGAAGCAUAUACUGGCCCUCGAUGUACCCAUGUUUUGAACCUCGACCGCGGAAGGCGUUUCGACCACUGGCGGAUUAUGGCGCAGCUUGGGGGAUUCCGGGAAGUAACAACUUCGCAUGGAUCUCCGAUGGCGACUUCGCGUCGUGGAACCCGUGUUGCUGUCGCUAACUGGAAAACCCUCUAUGUCUGGGCACUGAAUCCCUUGGAAUUGAUCAAAGAGGAUACCCCCGGCUUUUAUCCGUCAUCGUGGGAAUCCCCUAUAGGUGCCAUUGAGUUGCGACCGGUUGUCCUCCGGCUAGAGGCGGUUUGCUCUCAAUUGCGUUUCACUGAAAAGGAAGACGAGCUGGUUGCGAUUACUGAUCGUGGAAUGAUGUUCCUGGAUCUCGGUUACCGUGCGAAAGGCAAGCAGGUUUUCAAGAGCCAGGGGGAUGAUAAUAGUAUAUGA